AUGUCGAGAAAUAUCAAUACCUUGGAGGAAGCUUCAAGCCCCGAGGCGGGUGGUUUCAGGACACGCAGGUCACAUAAAAAGUCCAGAUAUGGGUGCACAAAAUGCAAAAAACGCAGAAUUAAGUGCGACGAGCGUUUACCGAAGUGCUCGAGAUGUGAAAGGAUGGAUCUCAGCUGCCAAUAUCCCAAUUGGAAUCCGAAAUCCAUAUUAGCAGAUGUAUUUAUGGUGGAUUCAUUAGAUGUAUUGCCACUGCAGCAUAAAUCUCGAGCAAAGUAUGGAAGAGGGAGUCCCGCGAACUCUAAUCAUUCGUUUGGAAUUUCCGGAAGUCCAUUAUCAUCAGUAUCAAACCUCGCUUCAUCGCAGUUGUCAACUGUACUGCCUAAACAGGACAGGAAUCUUGACUCCGCAUUGCUAUCAAAGGCAGCGCAAGAUCUUACGCCGGUAGAGUUUGAGCUGUUUCAACACUAUCUCGAUCAUACUAGCAAGGACCUAACCGUUGGGGACGAGGAGCAGAACACUCUGCAGAUCAGAAUUCCAACUUUAGCUUGUGAGAGUAAGCCUCUCAUGAAGUCUGUACUGGCAUUAUCUGAAGUAUGCAAAUGUCUUGAUAUCAUAAACCAGCUGUCGGCGUCUGAUGCAGGCCGUAACCAAGUCAUUGAACUUCUAUCACUAGCAAAUCGAUAUCACAUGGAUUCACUACGGGCGGUGCAAGCUACGUUGCCUCAAACCAAACACUACGACCAUGUCUUGGCCAACGCAGCUAUGAUGGGAAUGUAUGGUUCGGGCAGCCAUUGUGCGCGUAUCUGGUUAGCUAAAACGGCGAGUUUGGGUGACCGGCUGCAGGAGGAUUUGUUGCCCAGACACUCCCAAUGGAUUAGACUCUUUCGUGCCGUUCACAUGGCUUAUGGGGGGCUUCUCAAUAACAGUCAAUCGACAGAUACGGCACAGUUUGAUUGGGAUCGUUCACCUAAUCUCCCCACGGCAGGGAACGAUUCACGGAUCAGAUCAUAUUUUCGAGCAUCAUCUCAGCUCCAGCAGCAGAGACCUCCGAUAAAUCAUGCCUUGUACCCUAUUAUAUCCGCUACGGUGGGCCCAUCAAUGGAAAAGCUGCGCAGAAGGACUAGGGAAAUAGCUAUACUUGAAGCAAGUAGCGAGAUAAGUGGUUACGAUAGUCCACUUACACUGUCUAUUCAUGGCAACCCCGAGAUCGAAGCGUGCUUUGUUGCUUUAAGCAUUUUAGGUAGCAUUGUGACCGAAACAUUUCCGACAAAUGACUCGAUGGCUAGCACGCCACUCGCCUUUGAAGUCGAUGUUGACCCGGUAGGGCAAUUGUCGGAAGUCUCUCCAUGGCUCCGAAGAUACGCAGCUAGUAUAACCUCCAUGGUACCAUCGCCACUUCCUCGAAGAUUUAUUAUGGCUUUUAUUCAUAAAGUUCCCAACAAGUACCUGAACCUGAUUGAAGAUAUGCUCAACCUCAUUCAGACGGAUGCUCCAGUUGGUCACGGCAUGGUUUGGACACCAGAGCCUAGUCCAGCGCACCAGCUUGCGCUAGAUAUAUUCGCUCAUUGGCUCGUUCUUGUGCUCAUGUUAGAUAACGUGUGGUGGAUCGGUGACAUUGGAGCUUGGGAGCUUGGUCAGAUUGCGUCUUUCAGAAAUGAUGCACGGCAACCGAUGUGGUUGUGGAAUCAGGAAGAGGAUUGGUGGCCCGGGAGCAUGCUUGAGAUCAGUCGACAGUUUGAGAAGCAUAGGACAAAAAGUUAG